AAAAUUACAACGCCUUCAAAACGGCAGCCACCAUUUCCAGCGCAGGAUUAGGAAGCCUAGGAGGAGACGUCGCCGCGUACGCUGAUCUCCACCAGCACUCGCACUCGCACUCCCACCAUCCGCAUCCGAAUCCGCAUCCUCAUACCCACAGCUUCGCCACCGACGGCUUCAAGCUGCGUUCCGAGGAGCCGGUGCCGGGCUUCAGCUCGGCCUCCCCCUGGCCCACCCUGGAGCUGGGCAUGGAGUGGGGCCGGAAGCUGUACCCCAGUGCCGUUUCCGGUCCGCGAUCCGCCGGCGGCCUGAUGUUCGGCCUGCCGCCCACCGCCGCCGUUGACAUGAACCAGCCGCGCGGACCGAUGACCUCGCUGAAGGAGGAGCCGCUGGGCAGCCGGUGGGCCAUGCAGCCAGUGGUCGACCAGAGCAAUUUGGGCAUCGGCCGCGCCCACUUCGAAAAGCAGCCGCCCAGCAAUUUGCGCAAGUCGAACUUCUUCCACUUCGUGAUCGCCUUAUACGAUCGAGCCGGCCAGCCCAUCGAGAUCGAGCGGACGGCCUUCAUAGGGUUCAUCGAGAAGGACUCGGAAUCGGAUGCCACCAAGACGAACAAUGGCAUUCAGUACCGGCUGCAGCUUCUCUAUGCUAAUGGAGCUCGCCAGGAACAGGACAUAUUCGUGCGCCUCAUCGAUUCGGUGACCAAGCAGGCCAUCAUAUAUGAGGGUCAGGACAAGAAUCCCGAAAUGUGUCGAGUGCUUCUAACGCACGAGGUGAUGUGCAGCCGCUGCUGUGAUAAGAAGAGCUGUGGUAACCGCAACGAGACGCCAUCGGACCCCGUCAUUAUUGAUCGCUUCUUCCUAAAGUUCUUCUUGAAGUGUAAUCAAAACUGUCUGAAAAACGCCGGCAACCCGCGGGACAUGCGCAGAUUUCAGGUGGUAAUUUCCACGCAGGUGGCCGUGGAUGGACCACUUUUGGCCAUCUCCGACAACAUGUUCGUGCACAACAACUCGAAGCACGGGCGGAGGGCCAAGCGGCUGGACACCACGGAAGGUACAGGCAACCAAUCCCUGUCCAUUUCCGGUCACCCCCUAGCGCCCGACAGUACCUACGAUGGUCUCUAUCCACCACUACCCGUGGCCACGCCCUGCAUCAAGGCGAUCUCGCCCAGUGAGGGCUGGACAACUGGUGGCGCCACCGUGAUCAUCGUGGGCGACAACUUCUUCGAUGGCCUGCAGGUGGUUUUCGGCACCAUGCUGGUCUGGAGCGAGCUGAUCACCUCGCAUGCGAUCCGGGUACAGACCCCACCGAGACACAUUCCCGGCGUGGUGGAGGUGACGCUAUCCUACAAGAGCAAACAGUUCUGCAAGGGAUCGCCCGGUCGCUUCGUCUAUGUCUCAGCUCUCAACGAACCCACAAUCGACUAUGGUUUCCAGCGCCUGCAGAAGCUCAUUCCCCGGCAUCCCGGCGAUCCCGAGAAGCUGCAAAAAGAGAUAAUCCUCAAGCGAGCUGCCGACUUGGUCGAGGCGUUGUAUUCCAUGCCCAGCAGAUCCCCGGGCGGAUCGACGGGCUUUAACUCGUACGCCGGUCAACUGGCGGUCAGUGUGCAGGACGGAUCCGGCCAGUGGACCGAGGACGAUUACCAGCGGGCCCAGUCGAGCAGCGUGAGUCCACGUGGCGGCUACUGCAGCAGCGCCUCCACGCCCCACAGCUCGGGAGGAUCGUAUGGAACCACGGCGGCCAGCGCAGCGGUGGCGGCCACGGCAAAUGGCUACGCACCUGCUCCCAACAUGGGCACACUCUCCUCCUCGCCCGGCAGCGUCUUCAACUCAACGUCAAUGUCCGCCGUGUCGUCGACGUGGCAUCAGGCGUUCGUGCAGCACCACCACGCGGCAACGGCCCACCCGCACCACCACUACCCACAUCCCCACCAGCCGUGGCACAAUCCAGCCGUGUCAGCAGCCACGGCGGCGGCCGUUUAAGCGCUUCCCGGACUCUAAUUCCAAUGCCAGCCCGGAGGAGCUGAACGGAGGAUGAGGAUGACCCAGGAUGAGCCGGACUUUGGGGCAGAGUAACGACAUUUUGUUGAAAUUAAAUGCUUCACGCCCAACACCACCCACAAAUCCACACGAAAACGCACACACGGACACACCAGACACCAUCUAUCAAUCCGCAUCUGCAAGGACGCCCACAAAUUUCGAUGUGUGUGGGUGGUCGGUUGUGUGAAUGGGUCUACAAAAGCAAAUCUGAGCAUUCAAAACACACUUCUACCAUCAACAAACACCACAGACAACACACGAUUAACGGGGUCAGCAGCCUGAGUUUCAAUCCCUUCGCCCUGCCCACCUGCAACACACAGGGCUAUAGCACCCAACUGGUGACGUCAACCAAAUAAUAUUACUACUAAAUGAGGCUAUUGGCAGGCCCCAAAUCCCCUCUCGGAGUCGCAGAUACCACGCCAAUCACAAGAAGCUCGAAAGUGCAAUAAACAAAUGAAAAUGGUUCCAAAAUUCAAAAAUCGAUUAAUAUAGUUGUACAUUUUUUGAUUGAAUCCCGUUUUAAAUUUAAUUGCAAUACGCCUCGGUAAUAGAUUUAUACAAAUACGCAUAGAAUACCAUAUCAAAAUAAUGGAAAACAUAUGAAAAGGGAAGGCAUAUCAUGCAGGGUCUCAAGAACCCACAAGUUUCGAUCGGGCAAAUAUAAUUUUAACAUAGCUUGACUAAACACACAUUUUGUAAAUAUUUAUCCCAAUAAAUAAAUAAAACUUAAUAUUAAUCGGAACUGUGAAUAGAGGAAAUUAUACCAAUUAUAUACCCAUGAUGAUCAGUACUAAUACGAAUCAAGAUAUACCAAAACAGAUACAAUUUGAACGAACCUUUGGACAUAACUAAAUGCUUGUAUACGACACUUUCUUGGAUUAAUAUCGAAAAAAACAAAAAUAUAGUCUUGAAAAUACACUCUGCCAACUGAGAGAACCGAAAUCAAAAUGUUAUAUACCUACAUAGAUAUACAGCCACAUUUAAGGUGACAUUUGCAGCAUAUCUAAGCGUAAUAUUACAAAUUUAUACCAAACUUUUGGCAAACAUAUCGUGCACUUAGUCCUAAUAUCCAUCUCACGCGAAUCCACACACAUCACGUACUCGAACAUAUUUGUAUAAUGCCCAUCAUAUCCACAAAUCGAAAUUCAUUUUGAGCGAGCAACUCCCUAUCAACACCAAAUCAUCAUAAGAUAUAUACAUUUCGCUAUUCAAGUCAGAGUGUUUGAUAAACUACCGAUUUGUUGACUAGAAUCUAAGCUAUGCAAACGAUAUCUGGGGGUGCAUAUACUAUAUAAAUAGGAUUAAGUUUAUUGUUUAUUGCUCGAUUUGUAGGAGUUUUACUGUAAUUUGUAUUCGUAUUGUAUGAUAAUAUAUUCUUGCACUCCUAGAUCUACAAAAUAACAAAAGAAACCGAUACGAUAGUGAAGCAUAUCUAUAAGAACCGCAUAAAAAGCAGAACUUAGCCGCAAAAUCGAUUUGUAAAUUACAAUACAAUAAUUUAUAAUAACAAUCUAGCAACGCUCUCUGUUUUGUAAAUCUUAACAAGUUAUUUAAAUAAAAUUUAUUUAAAAUAAACGUAAUACA